CGUAUCAGGCUUGCAAUCGAGUGGAUCUGCUUCUUGGCCUAAGUUGGUUAAUUAUCAGUGUCUACUUUCUUCAAUUGCUUGUGUUUUCUACAGGUGGUAUGGUAGGCAAGUUUCAUUUGGCAAGAACAUUGCCGUUAUUUUCUAGGCUCCGUAGUUUUCUCUGUAUUUCUGUCUCAUGUAUCAAAAAUCCUUGAAGUAUCAAUCCAUUAGAACCAGCUCUAGUUGAUUAAGCUAAAAAAAAAAGGGGAAGAAGACAAAGCACUUCCCAAGUUGAGCAUUCUAGUUAACUUCCUGGUCCGCUCGAGUAAUAGUUCGGGGAACUAUCUUAAUGGAUCGCCUGGGGCCAAUCAUCGAUCAGCUGCGGCCAAUCAUCGAUUUCUUGGGACCAAUCAUCGAAUUGCUGAAGCCCUUAAUGACUGCGGUAUGCCGCCAUCUGGAAUGUCACGUAAAACUUCAGGAAAAUGUGGAAGAAUUGAGUAGGGUGUUGGGAGAUCUAAACAACCUACUGGAAGAUAACAAUUUAAAAAAACAAAAUGCUGAGGCUUGCCCGAGAAAGGUGGUGAGGAGAGAAGUGAUGAUGUGGAUUGAAAAGGUACAAACCAUCAACAAUGAAGUUCAAGUUCUUGAACUGAACUUUCAAAAUGUUUCAUACCUCCAUCGUGGCUCUCUUGGAAAACGUGUUCACAAGAAAAUUGAAGAAGUAAAGGGACUUAUUCUUCAACAAGGAAGCUUCCCUGAUGAUAUUGCAAUUGAUCAACCUCCAGGUAGAGGAAUGACAUUGCCAACUGAGGAUGCAAGAGGUCGGACUGAUGUGACGGAACAAAUCUGGGGAUACUUGAUGGGUGAUGCAGUUGGAAUGAUAGGAGUUUGUGGGCCUGGUGGAAUUGGGAAAACAACUCUUAUGAAGAACAUCCACAACGACUUGUUAAAUGGGCCAAAAUUUAAUAAAGUGAUUUGGGCCACUGUACCAUAUCCAAUCAGUAUUGUCAAAUUGCAAGCUAAUAUUGCUCACAACAUGCAACUAACCCUUCCAGAAAAUGUGUCUGAGGAGCAGCGUGCAGCUACAUUAUCAGAGAUUUUGAGCAGAGUGAGAUUUGUCUUGAUUUUGGAUGAUGCCUGGGGAACGUUUUCUUUUGAAGAUGUUGGAAUCCCGAAACCAACACAGCAAAAUGGGUGCAAGGUAAUUAUUACAAGCAGAUCGGUUGAGCUGUGCAAUUAUAUUGGUUGUGAGCAAGUUAUUAGGAUGCAACAAUUUCCAGAGAAAGAAUCUUUGAACUUAUUCCUGGAUACGGUGGGACAUGAUGUCCUCCUAAAAAUUCCUAAUUUAGAAGAAACUUUGAAGCUUGUGGUGGCAGAGUGUGCAGGUUUACCUCUAGCUAUCGUUGUAAUAGCUAGGAGCAUGAGGGGAGCAAAUGAUAUUUCUGCAUGGAAAUAUGCUCUGUUUGAAUUAAAGAACCGUGUAAAGAGGGUGAAAGGUUGGGAUGAUAAAAUAUUUGAACGGUUGAAAUUUAGUUAUGACCGGUUGAAUGAUGCAGAACUUCAGAAUUGUUUCCUUCAUUGUUCCCUGUAUCCUAAAGAUGGGAUCAUUUGGAGGUCUGAUUUAAUAGAAGAUUGGAUUGACAAUGCGCUAAUUGAACAAUUAGAGACUAGAAAAUUGAUGCGUGACAGAGCCAAUGUUAUUUUAGAUAGUCUCAUAAAUAAAUGCUUGAUAGAGAGAGUGGAGCAUUACUCAGAUUAUGGUAUGAGGAUGCAUGAUGUGAUGAGAGAUAUGGCAUUGCAAGUUGCUGGCCCUAGAUUUAUGGCAAAAGCUGGUUUGCAGCUAACAGAGGCACCAGAAGCAAAUGAAUGGACGGAAGACCUUGAGAAAGUUUGGCUCAGAGCAAAUAGAAUAACAGAUUUUGCUUCUAGUAUGUCUCUAAACUGUCCAAAACUCUCAGGCUUGGACUUGUCGUGGAACUGUGAUUUGAGGCAGAUUCCAGAUUCUUUUUUUGCACACAUGAUUGGCCUCAAGUUUCUAACUCUCUCUGGGACCGCUAUUGAAGCUUUACCUGAUUCCAUUUCCAUCUUAAGAAAUCUCACUGUAUUAGAGCUUGAUUCUUGUCGUAGAUUAAGAUACAUGCCUUCGUUGGUAAAGUUGAAGGCAUUGAAGAAGUUGGAUCUACAGCAGGCAGGGAUUGUGGAGGUCCCACAAGGCUUGGAAAUGUUGGUGAAUCUCCAACAUCUUGAUCUACGUUGUCCAAAUCUGGCGGAGCUACCAAUGGAAAUACUCUGUAACCUCACUCAUCUCCAGUUUCUUGCAAUGGUUUUGGCUGCUGCUAUUGUAAGGAAAGCAGAAAAGGUGAUUAAGCUGAAGGUGUUGGAGACUUUUAUAGGUCAAUUUGAUGACCUCCAAGUCCUUAACAAUUUUGUUAGGUCUUUCCAUGAGGAUCAAAAGUUCACUAGGUACUGGCUUAGUUUGGGAUUGACUCAUUAUCCGAGGGCUACUUUUGAUGGGAAGAUGAGAUUUGUACUGGAAACAGAUUACUAUGACUUGCUUGCAGCUGUGGAAUGCACAAAGAUUAUUGCUUUAAGGGGAGUGGAACUUGGAAGAGAUUAUUCUGUAUUGCUUCUAAAUGACUUUCAACUUUUGAAGAUUACAGAGUGCAGCGAUGUGAAAAACUUAAGUGAGACUUCUUUGUUCAAUAUAGCAACAGAUUUAAGAUAUUGUGAGAUCGAUGGUUGUGAAGGGUUAGAGUGCAUGCUUGACUUAUUCUCAUCAUCCUCAGUCUGCAGCUCAUUUGAUAAGCUUGAAAUUCUAUGGCUCAAUAAUUUGCGUAACUUGCAAGUACUUGUGAAAGUGGAAGCUCAAGCAGGAUCGGCUCCCUCGACAUCACGGGCACCAAGACCAACACCUUCUUCCAUAUUUGCCAACCUUAAAAAUUUUAAAAUAAGAAACUGUCCAGGAAUCAAGAAGCUGUUUCCAUUUGAGCUGCUGAAAGGUCUCCGAAACUUGGAGGAGAUUGAUGUUAGAUGUUGCCGAAGAAUGAAGGAAAUAAUAGAAGUGGAAGACGGGAGAGAAACUAUCACAACAGUCGGAAACAAUGAAACCAUCAGAUUAGAUCUUCCGAAAUUAAGAAAGUUGAGUUUAAAGGAAUUACCAAAAUUGAAGAGCAUCUGUACUACAAGAGGAGUAAUGGUUUGUGAUUCUCUUCAAAGUAUUGAAAUAUAUGACUGUCCUAUGCUAAAUAGGAUCCCCUUAUAUCUGCCCCUGCUUCCCAACGGUGAGCUCUCUCUGCCUUCUUCACUUCAAGAAAUCUGCAUAGAGUCUGAAGAAUGGUGGGAAUUGCUGUUAUGGGACAAUCCUUCUGCUAAGGAUAUCUUCCUUCCCUUGUUAAAGCCAUCCGUUAAUCCUUCACUUCACAAGGGAUUUGAUGACCUAAAAGACUUCAACAAUUUUGUCAGCUCUUUUCAAGGUCAAAAGCUUACUAGCUAUGAGCUUAGUGUGGAAGCAACUGAUGACGAUGGUAAUGAUUCUUCCGAUUCUGAUUUUGAUUUUGCUCUUGAAUUCGGUGAUGAUGAUUGCUCUAAGAUGUUAAAUUUAAAUGGAAUGGAAAUCAAUGAAGAUUACCCUGUAUUGCCUCCGGAUGACCUUCAGAUUUUGAAGAUUAAAAAGUGCUGCGGCUUGAAAAGCUUAAACGAUGCAUCUGUAUUUAAGGCAUUAUCAGAUUUAAGAUCAAUUAAAAUCAAGCAAUUUGACCAGUUGGAGUGCAUACUUGAGAUGUUCUCACUGUCCUCAGAGUGCAGUCCCUUUGAUAGAUUUUCCCUUUUAAAGCUUGUUCAAUUGCCUAACUUGCGUGAACUUGUGAAAGUGAAGGGGCAAGCAGCAUCAGCUCCAUCUACAACGUGUGCACCAACACAGCCUUCUGUCUUUUCCCAUCUUAAGAUGUUGUUAAUAUACAAAUGUCCAAGAAUUAAGAAGCUGUUUCCAUCUGAGUUGUUGAAGGGUCUCCAGAACUUGGAGUUCAUUUUUGUUAUUGGCUGCGCAAAAAUGGAGGAAAUAAUAGAAGUGGAAGAAGAGAAAGAAACUCUCAUGACAGAUGGAGAAAAUGAAGCAAUUACUGUCAUUCUUCCCAAAUUGAAGGCAUUGUUGUUGGUGGGCUUAUCAAAUUUGAAGAGCAUCUGUACUGCAAGAGGAGUAAUGGGUUGUGAUUCUCUAGAAGAAAUUGGAAUAGCUGAAUGUCCAAAGCUAAAGAGGAUCCCUCUACAUCUGCCCCUGCUUCCCGAUGGAGUGCUCUGUUCUCCUCCCUCCCUCAGAAAUAUCUGCAUAAAGUCAAAAGAAUGCUGGGAAUCACUGGUGUGGGACAAUCCUUCCGCUAAGGAGAUCCUCCUUCCAUUCCUGGAUCUAGAAGAGGAUUUUACUGACAUUUUAAAGCACUUAACAGACACUUCUGAAACUGAAGAUGAAUAAUCUAGUCUUCACAAGAGUUCUUACAAUGUCAAAACAAAAUCUCUUGGGCUGAGCAGGGAAGAAAAAGCAAAUGAGAUUCAUCUCAUGCAGUUUGAUUUGUGAUGAUAUUAUUACCUUCAUUUCAUCAGACAUUAGCCCACUUGAACUAUGAUUAAUGCUUUGUAUGAUCAAUACUCUUUUAUGUUGCAUUUUGCAAUGUCCUUUCAAAUAAUUUCAUCUUAUGUGACUGUUUGCUUGUUGUGCAACUCUGUUACAGACCUUAAUUUCUUGUAUUGUAUUGUGUAAUGAAUAAUGACACUGUUC